CUCCCGGACCCGCCCCCAGACCCCGCCGCCUCCCCCUCCCCUCCCCUCCCACCCCAUGCUCCAGUUACUGCGAGGAGGAGCUGCCGCGUUUGCGAGUCUUGUUGUCCGACCGCCGAUCGUAACAAAAAUGGCUCUAACCCAACUCUCAAGUACUAAAUGCUUUGGAGGAUAUCAGAAGGUGUACGAGCAUGACAGCUCGGAAUUGAAAUGCAAGAUGCGGUUUGGAAUCUACUUGCCUCCCAAAUCAGAGAGUGCAAAGUGCCCAGUGUUGUAUUGGCUUUCAGGAUUAACCUGCACAGAACAGAACUUCAUAACCAAAGCAUCCAGUCAACAGGCAGCCGCAGAGCACGGUCUCGUUGUCGUGGUGCCGGACACCAGUCCUCGUGGCUGCAAUAUUCCUGGUGAGGAUGAGAACUGGGACUUUGGUACAGGCGCUGGGUUUUACGUAAAUGCCUCGGAGGAGCCUUGGAAGACUAACUACCGGAUGUACGCCUAUGUGACCGAGGAGUUGCCUCGUCUCGUUGAUGCUAAUUUCUCUGUGAUCUCUGGGAAGAUGUCCAUCUUUGGCCAUUCAAUGGGUGGUCAUGGAGCAUUAGUUUGUGCUUUGAAAAACCCUGGAAAGUACAAGUCUGUGUCAGCGCUGGCUCCUAUCUGCAACCCCGUGAUGUGCCCCUGGGGACAGAAGGCAUUUACUGGAUACCUGGGACCUGAUAAAACCAAGUGGGAGACGUACGAUGCCACCUCUCUAGUGGGAUCCUAUUCCGGACCUCACCUGGACAUCCUCGUUGACCAAGGAAAGGACGAUCAGUUCUUGGUUGCUGGACAAUUGCUCCCUGAUAACUUUAUCAAGGCAUGCACUGAAAAGAAGAUUGCGGUUGUUCUACGGCUCCAGGAGGGAUAUGAUCACAGUUACUACUUCAUCGCUUCAUUUAUCGGAGACCACAUCAAACACCAUGCAAAGUAUCUCAAUGCUUAGGCACCAGCAUCUAAUUGUACCUCUCCUUCGUGAAAGAUAAUAGUUCACCAUAUUUUGGUUCAAUAACUGCAGUUCUUGCCCUUCCCUACACAGUGGCUGCCGGUACUUUGAGUUGAUCUGCAACAAGGAAUUUAUCCUCAGCUAGCCAACCCUUUGGAAAUCAUUGUCAUUGAUUUGCUUAAUAAAAUUAGUUGUUAUCUCGUCCAUAUCAGUGUAAAAGAACAAAGCUGAAAUAAAGUCUUGAGAAUAAAGUCAA